UGGGGGCACCCGGGACAGGUGUUGCGGGCGCGGCGGAGGCCGGACGCGUCGCCGUCCCUGCCGGUGGACUGGGGUCUUGGGGACCCCCCACCCUUCCCUUUGCAGAUGAAGAAACCGAGGCCCGCGGCUGCCGCGCCCUCUCCCCGCCCUCCAGCCUGCUCGCGGGGCGCCCAUCCUGGGACCGCAUCCGAGCUCCGGGUUCCCGCUCUAAGACGGGGAGGCUGCGCCGACCGCAGGCUCAGGGAGGAAGCCGCUCCUGAAGAGGCGGCUGCGGGGCCGCGUAGAUCCACCGUGGGCGCCCUGCUGGCAUCUGAGCUGGGAUGGAAAUUCUAUGAUGCUGAUGACUAUCACCCGGAGGAAAAUCGAAGGAAGAUGGGAAAAGGCAUACCGCUCAAUGACCAGGACCGGAUUCCAUGGCUCUGUAACUUGCAUGACAUUUUACUAAGAGAUGUAGCCUCGGGACAGCAUGUGGUUCUAGCCUGUUCAGCCCUGAAGAAAAUGUACAGAGACAUAUUAACACAAGGAAAAGAUGGUGUAGCUCUGAAGUGUGAGGAGUCGGGAAAGGAAGCAAAGCAGGCUGAGAUGCAGCUCCUGGUGGUCCAUCUGAGUGGGUCGUUUGAGGUCAUCUCUGGACGCUUACUCAAAAGAGAGGGACAUUUUAUGCCCCCUGAAUUAUUGCAGUCGCAGUUCAAGACUCUGGAGCCCCCAGCAGCUCCAGAAAACUUUAUCCAAAUAAGUGUGGACAAAAAUGUUUCAGAGAUAAUUGCUACAAUUAUGGAAACCCUAAAAAUGAAAUGAGAAUCAUUUUGUAUCAGUGGUCCAAACAGAAUUAAGCAUAAAUCAUCGUGCCAUCCCAAACCUCGUUCCAGCCGCCUUGCCCAUACUAGAUUCUAAAUGUUUCUAAAGGCAAACCCCAAUGUGUCAAGACAGACUUGUUUAGGUGUAAUUUUAGGAAUUAUGCUGGUUCAUCGGGAAGCAGAGGGGGAGUUUUAAAAGUCAAGCUUAAAUUGAAGUUUAAAUUCAUCUAUAACCAAAUCAAAUGAUGAGAGGAAAUUCUGUAAUUGAUGCUGGAAAUCGUUACAUUGUUUAGAACAUUCUUGCUCAUGUCUGUAUUUGCACAAAUAAAUGAAACUUGGCUGUC